AUGGGUCCACCUGUCCGUAUCGCUAGUGGUCGGCCGUCGACAUCAAAAACCGACGAAAACGUUGAUAAAGAACAAAAAAUAUUGGCUGCAAAUCGUAAGUUAACAAUUCGAGAGUUGGCAGAUGACUUAAACAUUGCUUAUGGAUCUGUUCAAGACCUUAUUGUAAACGAUUUGGGAUUGCGUCGUGUUGCUGCAAAAUUAGUACCAAAAGAUCUGAAUUUCAUGCAAAAAAAAGAUCGUGUCGAUAUCGCUCAAGACAUGCUUUCUAAGGUUAAAACGGAUCCAGCAUUCAUCAAACGCAUCAUUACUGGUGACGAGACGUGGGUUUAUGAGUACGACACUCAAUCCAGACAUCAGGCGAGUGAAUGGCGACUCCGCGAUGAGCCAAGGCCGAAAAAACCACGUCGUUUUCAGUCGAAAAAGAAGGUGUAA